AUGAAAGAUUUAAAAUCAUGCAAUGGUGAAGUUUCUUUCAUUCUUCAGAAUACACCAUUUCUAUCACCGCAAGGGAUAGUACCGAAUUUUGCAUUGGAAAUGCUAAUUAGGUUAAUGUAUACCAGAAUGAAUCAGUUGUUGUUUUAUGUCGAUGAACUUGAUAUCGUUGAAGUGAUUGAUGCAAGCGCAAAAUUACCUUCGGGAAUUCUUCGAGGUCAUGUUACUGUAUUUGGACAGUACAAGGAGUGCAUGUUAGCCAGACAGCAAUUACCGAAUUCCACGCGUGUUAUCACUGGUAGUUACAUAAGGAUCUUUAUUGAUAAAGAGUUAAGGAAUCACAAUACAACAGAUGCUUGCAAAUUCAGUGGAUACAGUCUCGACAAUCCAUCAUUUGACGUUUGUCUACCCUCAUCAUGUGACCAUUACAACACGCUGAUGACGCUUAGUCGUUCACGUAAC